AAGUCAGUCUUAGUUCCAUUCUUGGCAUUCUGCCUUCUCCUCUGAUCUUCACCGUGAGGAAGAAAGACUGUCCUAUAUACGUGAUCGGCGUCGGCGGCGUGUGUGUAGUGUGCUAGGUGCUGAACGAUAUCGACCGGCUGGCCGGGAAUGGGGCGUGGUGACGCAUUCGUGCACGACGCCGCGGACACGCUGCGGCGGUGGGUGCGGGAAGCGGGUGGGUGCCUGGUGGUGGACGGCGCCAUGGGCACGGAGCUGGAGGCGCACGGCGCGGACCUGCAGGACGAGCUGUGGAGCGCCAGGUGCCUCGUCUCCGCCCCUCACCUCAUCCGCAAGGUCCAUUUGGACUACCUCGAGGCCGGCGCGAACGUCAUAACCACGGCGUCCUACCAGGCGACGCUGCAGGGGUUCCAGUCUCGCGGCCUGUCGAGGGAGCAGAGCGAGGAGCUGCUGCGGCGGAGCGUCCAGAUCGCGCAGGAGGCGCGUGCCAUCUUCCUCGAAGGCCGGUCCAAAGGCCCCUACGCCGCGCGCGAGAACAAAGACGGCUCCACAGAGCGCCGGCCCGUGCUGGUGGCGGCCUCCGUCGGGAGCUACGGGGCGUACCUCGCAGAUGGCUCCGAGUACACCGGGGACUACGGCAAAUCGGUCACCAAGGAAGCGCUUAAGAAGUUCCACAGGAGGCGGCUCCAGGUGCUGGCGGACGCAGGGCCAGACCUCAUCGCCUUCGAGACCAUCCCGAACAAGCUGGAGGCGCAGGCCUACUGCGAGCUCCUGGAGGAGAACGACAUCCGGAUCCCCGCCUGGUUCUCCUUCACCUCCAAGGACGGAGCCAGCGCGGCGAGCGGGGACCCCAUCACCCACUGCGCCGCCGUCGCCGACUCCUGCAGCAGGGUCGCCGCCGUCGGGGUAAACUGCACCGCUCCCAGGCUGAUCCACGGCCUGAUCCUCGCCAUCAGAAAGGUGACGAGCAAACCGGUGGUGGUGUACCCAAACACGGGGGAGACGUACGUGGCCGAGACCAAAGAGUGGGUGGUGAGUGCAUGCGCUGCACGCUCGAUUUCUUUACGUACGUGUUCUUGCAUCAUCGUGACACACCUAUACAUUUCGAUCUCGCGUCGCAGGACUCGGCCGGUGGCGGCGGCGCGUCGGCGACGGACUUCGUGUCGUGCGUCGGGAAGUGGAGGCAGGCGGGCGCGUCGGUCGUGGGAGGUUGCUGCAGGACGAGCCCGGCGACGGUGAAUGCCAUCGCGCGGGCGCUGCGAGACGCCGGUGGUACUGCCGAUGUCGACGAAUACGACGAUUUCCCAGCUGUGGCCGUGCUCUAAUAUAUGGUGGUUCUGGGGUCGAUUUUUUUUUUCCAUCGCUCGAGGAGUAGCCCACAAGUGUACGUAUAUAUGUACAGUAGUAGCCACCUAGGUGUAGCGACAGCAAGGACUGCGAUAUAUCGAUCGAAUCGAGGGACGACGGUUUGUUGUGUCUUCUUGAUCGGUGCAUCGCCGUUCUAAUGCUGCUUUGAUCGGUGCCAGUGUGCCACCUACGAUAAAGGAGGGAUCUGAAUAUGAGAGUCAUUUCUAACGGCACCGGUUCCUA